AGACUGAAGUGGUCUUAUGAUGCUUUGUGUUUUCAUGUAGCUGUUGAUGCUCAUGUGUAGAUUUGUAGCCUCUUAUUUCAGCAUUUACGCGAGACAGCGCAGCAGAUUUUGUCCUGGUUGUGUCGACAAAAAGACGACCGAGUGAUAGAGAAGAUGGCUGAUAGAAGUGACCUGAAAGCUGAGCUUGAGCGCAAAAAGCAGCGCUUAGCCCAAAUUCGAGAGGAGAAGAAAAGAAAGGAGGAAGAGAGGAAGAAGAAAGAGUCUGAGAUGCUUCAGAGGCCUGAGAAUGUGACCGAAGACUCAGAUCUGGACAGGAAGAGAAGAGAAACAGAGGCUCUUCUGCAGAGUAUUGGCAUUUCACCUGAACCACCAUUAGUGCAGCCACUGCAGCUUUUAACAUGGGAUACCUGUUAUUUUCAUUAUUUAGUCCCAACCCCUAUGUCUCCCUCUUCGCAAUCAGUGAGUCCACCCAGCGAAACUGGAAGCCAGGAGUCCAUAGAUGGAGGGACAGUGGAGAGGACGUUGCAGUGGGACACCGACCCCUCAGCUCUUCAGCUUCUUGCAGAUUCUGUUCAUGGGUGCAGGAUGCAGAGGCUUGGGGCAUCAAAGAUAGUUCAGAUUGAUUUCAUGCCAAAAGAACUGGUGACGUACUGUAAAGAGACACAGACCCCUGUUGCAUCAAAUCAGCCUGAAGAAGAAGAUGAUGAGGAGCUGUCAGUGCCCAAAUCUGAGCCGGCGUCACAACAGCUGGAAGAGGAAAAAACUCAGGAAGUAGAAGAAGUUCAUCCCAGAGAACUGACCAAUGAGGAGAAAGAGCAUAUUGUUCACUCUGAGGAUUUCCUGUUUUUCUUCGACCGGAGCAUCCGUGUGGUGGAGCGGGUGCUGGCUGAGGACAAGGACAUUUUCUUUGACUACAGCGGGCGAGAUAUGGAGGACAAAGAAGGAGACUUGCAAGCCGGAUCAAACUUGUCUUUUAAUCGACAUUUCUAUGAUGAGCAUUGGUCCAAACAUCGAGUCGUCACUUCCCUGGAUUGGUCACCACAGUAUCCUGAAUUGCUCGUGGCCUCGUACAACACUAAUGAGGAUGCGCCUCAUGAGCCAGAUGGAGUUGUUCUUGUCUGGAAUAUGAAGUUUAAGAAGGCGACCCCUGAGUACAUCUUCCACUGUCAGUCCUCAGUUAUGUCAGUCGGCUUUGCUCAGUUUCAUCCCAACCUGGUGAUUGGAGGCACCUAUUCAGGACAGAUUGCUUUGUGGGACAAUCGAAGUCACAGGAGGACCCCGGUGCAGAGGACACCUCUGUCUGCGACUGCACACACUCAUCCUGUAUACUGUGUGAAUGUGGUGGGAACACAAAAUGCCAACAACCUGAUUACAGUAUCUACAGAUGGCAAGAUGUGCUCCUGGAGUCUGGACAUGCUCUCACAGCCUCAGGAGAGUAUGGAGCUGAUCUACAACAAGUCAAAGCCUGUGGCAGUCACUUGUAUGGCCUUCCCUGCAAGCGACGUCAAUAACUAUGUGGUAGGAAGCGAGGAGGGAACAGUUUACACAGCAUCCCGUCAUGGGAGUAAGGCUGGUAUUGGUGAAAUAUUUGAUGGGCAUCAGGGGCCUGUGACUGGUAUCAGCUGCCAUAAUGCUGUGGGUCCGGUUGACUUCUCCCAUCUCUUUACCACUUCCUCAUUUGACUGGACAGUCAAACUGUGGUCAACCAAACAUAACAAGCCCCUGUAUUCCUUUGAAGACAAUGCAGACUAUGUGUAUGAUGUCAUGUGGUCUCCAGUUCAUCCAGCGCUCUUCGCUACAGUUGAUGGAAAUGGUCGUCUGGACCUCUGGAACCUCAACAACUACACAGAGGUGCCUUCAGCCAGUGUGAGUGUGGAGGGAGGAUGUGCCCUGAACCGGGUCAGAUGGGCAUCAGGUGGCAGAGAGGUGGCGGUGGGGGAUUCUGAAGGCCGUGUCUGGAUCUAUGACGUGGGAGAGCAGCUAGCAGUGCCACACACAGAUGACUGGAGUAAAUUUGGCCGUACACUCAUGGAGAUUCGAGCAAAUCGAGGGGAUGGAGAAGAAGAAGGUGCUUUGGAGCUGCCAGCCUGAGACAAACACACACACACCUCCACGUUCAGUUAAAAGAUCCGCUCAAGCAGAUGCUUGAUUUAAGUGAGUGAAUCACACAUCAACCCUGCUGUGAUCACAGGUUUUUUCUUUUGCCUACAAAAGUCUAUUUAUAGCAUGGGUGUUAAUACAAUAACUGCUCUUCCAGUGCUAAUAGGUGAUUCCGGAACGCACACACACAGGUAAAGAUGAAAUGAAUGAGCUUGGGCUAAUGUAUAUUUAAGGCUUGCAGUGACUAUAUAUGAGUGAGCCUGUACUGUGUCAAAACUGCUGAGCUGGAAUUAUUAACGUCAGCCUAUUUUACAUACGUCAACAUACAAGGCCAUAUGGAGAAUGUAUUGGCUAUUAUGUAAAAUACAGCAAAUCUCAAGAAAGUGACUUUGUUUUCGCUUUGACCUUUUACAUUGUAUGUGUAUAAUUUAACACCAACUAACAAGUGUGAACGUACAAUAAAGGUCAUUGACAUUGUGUCUCAAAUCUUGC